AUGUUUCUCUUAACUGUGUUAAUUUAUUCACUUUUGAAAAUUUUAAGAUUGGAAGGAUUAAAUUUGCCUAAAGAUGCCAGGACAUUAUUAAAAACACCUAAAGCUCGUGAACAUAGCAUAAUAAAAUAUAUUCACCCUGGAUCAUAUAUACACCUUGGGGUAGAAUUUAUGUUAACUAAGAUCUUAACUAUAAAUCUUGAUAUUAUUGAACAAAAUACUACAAUAAAACUUGGAUUUAAUAUUGAUAGCUUUCCUCUUACAACAAGUUCAAAAUCAAGUUUUUUGCCCAUUCUUUUAAGCUUUGUAAAUAUUCCUAAGUUAUUCAAUAUUGUGAUACCGGUGGGUAUUUAUCAUGGCAAGUUUAAAAAACCGUCAUCUAGUCAUGAAUUUUUACAAUAUUUCACAUCUGAAAUGAAAAUAAUUUUAACUAAUGGAAUAAGUAUAAAAGAUAAAUUAAUAACAUUUGAAAUUAGUCAGGUUGUGUGUGAUGCACCAGCCAAGUCAUUUAUUUUAAAUGUGAAAGGACAUAAUGCCUAUCAUCAUGGGUGCAAUUCCUGUAUUGUUGAAGGAACAUAUAUUGAUAAUAAAAGGAUGGCCUAUCUAGAUUUAAAUGCCCCUUUAAGAUCAAAUAAAACUUUUCGAGAUAAACAGGAUUCCUUUUAUCACAAAGACUCAAGCCCUUUAGAGGAAUUUCCAAUUGAUAUAACUUCCACAGUGGUACUUGAAUAUAUGCAUAACAUUUGUUUAGGGGUUAUGAAGAAGCUAAUUGUAUUCUGGGUAAAAGGUAAGAAACCUGUUCGUUUGGUAGAUCCAAAUGCUGUUUCAGAAGAAUUGAUUAAUCUUAAAUGUUAUUUACCAUCAGAAUUUAAUCGCUUACCUAGAUUACUUGAAGAAUGUGAACAUUGGAAGGCAACGGAAUUUCGCACAUUCCUUCUUUAUACGGGUCCUACUGUAUUAAAAGGGAGAUUGAAGCAACCUCUAUUAAAACACUUUAUGCUUUUAAACUAUGCCAUAAGACUUCUUAUUUCUUCAGAAAAUUGUUAUACCCAUAAUAAUUUGGCUAAAGACAUGUUAAAACAAUUUGUACAUGAAUAUGGUUCUUUUUAUGGUGAAGGAUAUGUUGGAUAUAAUGUUCAUGGUUUGAUACAUCUAGCUGAUUUUGUUUUAAUACACGGUAAUUUAGAUUUAUUUAGUGCAUUCAAAGUAUGA